AUGGCCAAAGAAGGAGAAGCGAUACGCGUUGAUAAGGAGCUCGACCUGUCGAACGCGGGUCGUGGUGUGUGGCUCGUCAAGGUACCGAAGUACAUUGCCAACAAGUGGGAAAAGGCACCGGGUAAUAUCGAAGUAGGGAAGCUGAAAAUUUCCAAACAAGUCGGCCAGAAGGCACAGGUAUCGCUCACACUUUCGGAUGCGGUCAUAAACAUAGACCCGGCGGAGGAGAUUCCCCGUGACCACCGGCUAGAUGUGUCGGUCGUAACCAAACAAACGUUGGGAGUGUUCUCCCAUGCCACCACGACCACCCGGGACGAUCCGGUGCCCGAGUGCGAGAAGCAGUACAUGGAGGGCCGUAUCGUUCAGAAGCUGGAAUGUCGUCCGUAUGCCGAUAACUGCUACAUGAAGAUGAAGCUCGAAUCGAUCCGGAAAGCUUCCCAACCGGCCCGGCAAGUGAAAUCCCUCGAAAAGAUCGUGCACAACUACAAACCGGUCUCGGACCACAAGCACAACAUCGAGGACCGGGAACGUAAGAAGGCCGAGGGUAAGAAGAGCCGGGACGAUAAGAAUGCGGUACUGGAUAUGUUGUUCCACGCCUUCGAGAAGCAUCAGUAUUACAAUAUCAAGGAUCUGGUGAGGAUCACGAGGCAACCGAUCAGCUACCUGAAGGAAAUCCUCAAGGAGGUGUGCGACUACAAUAUGAAAAACCCGCACAAGAACAUGUGGGAACUGAAGAAAGAGUAUCGGCACUACAAAGAGGACGACAAGAAGGACGACGAUGCGACGAAGGAUACGAUGUCGGAUAGUGACAGUGACUGA